AUUGUUCUUCACAUGCAGUCAAAACGUGAUGCAAGUGACAGGUAAGAGAUCGGCUCCUACAAAAACAUCAAAUGCUAGUCUACCUGAAUAUCGAUCAGAUGCUGAACUCUUGCUUAACAAAAGGUCCAUACCAAUAAAUUGUCGACUUGCUGGAGGCGUCAACGAAUACCAAGGGCUAUUUAUGAUACUACACAAUGGUAUAUGGGGCUCUGUGUGCUCAUAUGCCUGGGGUGUAGAUGAAGCAGACGUGGCGUGCCGUCAAUGCUCCUACGACAAAGCAGACAUUCUAAAGACACCAACGUACGUCACCAUUUUGCCUCGUGAUCCAUUCAUCUGGUUCGACCAUGUCAACUGUGACGGAUCCGAAACAUCACUAACACAAUGCCUGUACACUACCUCGGAAACCGGAAAAUGCACACAAGGGCAAGCUGUGGGUGUUGUCUGUGUGAGCAAUGAUAGAGAUCGCACGGAUGUUGUACCCACAAAAGCUUCCAAAUCGGACAAAGUCACACUCACUGCGGAAAUUUCAGUGGGAAGCAUUGCAGCUGUCGCUGUCUUAGCGUUCAUCAUGUUCAUGAUUUACAAAUGGUGGCGCCGAGCGGCCUACGAUGUUUAAGUAGGGAAUGCCGAUUGUUGAUCUUACGUUGCUAGACUGUUUGGUUUGACGUGACAAGAACACAUAUUCACGUAUUAUGCAAUCGCAGAAUUAUUAGAACUCGCGUAGCAAGCUUAUAUAAUGUUUUAGUUGUGUGUGUGUGUGUGUGUGUGUGUGUGUGUGUGUGUGUGCGUGUGUGUGUGUGUGUGUGUGUG